AUGACUUCAGCAUCUCCUCGUCGGCCGCCGCCUGCAUACACUGCGCCGAGCACGUCCACAGUCCACGCAUCUUCACAAGUAUACCGAGAUGUAGCUGCAACAGCCGCUCGGCCAGACGCACGCAUUCUCGAAACAUCAUUCACAAUCCGGCCAUGCUCCGGCCAAGCGUGGAUCGUGCGGGCAGGCCAGGUGUGCCGACUGACGACGCCACAGGGCCCGCAAGUAGGCGACUUGAACAUCUGGAACGCAAACAAUCCGCGCGAACGCAUGUGGGCAGCGCGUACUCGGCAAAUCCACAGCUCACACGUCUCCGUCGGGGACCGGCUGUGGUCGAAUUUGCCUUAUCUGCGGCCGCUGGUCACCAUCACUGGCGAUUCCCUCGGAGGCGGGCAGCUCGACCAGGUGCUGGAUGAGGAGGGCAAGCGGCGAGAGGGCACUGAGUUUGGCACGACAAAAUGGGGUGGCCGUGUGCAUGACCUGCUGGGCACGCGCUGCGACCCGUAUGUCAACCUGCUGAUGGGCGGCGAGAGCUUCGACUUUCACUGCCACUCGAACCUGACGCGAGCGGUAGUGCCGUACAGCUUGACAGAGCUGGAUGUGCACGACGUGUUGAAUGUCUUCCAGGUGACGGGGCUAGACGAGCAGGGCAAGUAUUUCAUGGAGGCGUCGCCGGCCAAGGCGGGCGAGUACUUUGAGUUCUUCGCCGAGGUGGAUGUGCUGUGUGCGCUUUCUGCGUGUCCGGGAGGAGACUUGUCGCAGUGGGGAUGGGAGGGCAAAGAGGGAAGCGACAUGGCCGCGACGUGUCGUCCGCUGGGCGUCGAGGUCUACCGCAUGGUCAACGCGCGCCUGCUCGAUGGCUGGACGCAGCCUGCCUGCGCUCCGUACAAGGGCAUGCAUGGUCUGAGGAUGCCUGUCAGAGAAGAUGAUGGCUAUGUGGGGAAUUAG